AAAUACAGAGCUUACACCGUAAAGAUGUCAAGCAUAUCAAGGUGGUUACUGUUUAUGUGCGUAAUCAUGAUUCAUCAUACGAGUAGCAAAUCCAAUGAAAAUUGCAACAAUGACAGAGAUAACGAUCAUGAGGGAUCCGACAAUGAAGAGAAGUGUGAUGGAAGUGGAGAUGUUAAUAACGGGCAUCGGAGAUACAGUGAGGAUGUCAGGAAAGAUGAAUGGAUGUCGCUUCCAGAAAGUGAGCAACAGUUACAAACUUUGUUUAUCAGUGGCAAACGCCACCUUGCAAUGAAAAUGGCUGCUACUGCAAUACAAAUGAAGAGAUCACCAAAUCAAGUGUUUCUAUUACUUAUUGGUUUAAGCGGAUCUGGUAAAAGCUCAACUGUUAAUUACCUGUUCGACAAAAAUGUUGCGAAAACUGGUGAUAGCUUGUCAGUGACCCGCUCAACAACUGAAUAUGUUUUAAAUUUGAAAUCAAGUGAAUAUAAAAUUCCUGACCUUAAACUGUCCAUAAUAGAUACACCGGGAUUUGGUGAUACUGAUGGACUCCAGCAGGAUGCCAAAAAUGUAAUGUCUAUAAAAUACUUUUUGAACUCACAUCCAUUUAUGAGAGAAAACAGUUAUCCAAAUCUGGUGUUUAUUGUACAGAAUAUCAAUGACAAUAGAAUGGCAGGAGAAAGUUCCAACUUUGCGAAAAUGUUAAAAGGAUUGAGCAAAGUCGGUGCAAUUGACCCUUACAAUCCAAAUGUUGUAGUUGUUCUUACACAUGCUGCAUCUAUUGCUCGGAAUCUCAAACGUUGGAAAGAAAAGGUACAACAGAGGCAGGAAGAAGUUAAAGCAAUCGUACGACUUUACUUAGGUGUUCAUCCAGAGAUUGUGGUGCAAGAAAACCUACCAGAGGACAACGAUUUAAAACGUGAUGGCGAUUGGUAUAUUUUACCGAAUGGUGACAAGCAGCCAAAAAUACUCUAUCAAGUAUGUGCAGGAAUUUUAGAACGAGCUGGCGAUGAUAUAGGACAUGAAGCCAUUGCAGUUGGCUUUAGACCUGGUAUUGACAAGAGUGUUAAGAAGGGAUACAGCGUACCAUCCUCCAAGGUUACAUCGGAUGAUGCACAAGUCAUGCAUUCACUUUUGCUUGAAUCAAUAGUUAUGGUUCCUACUUCUGAGGUAGGUAGCAUGUUAGAGAAUUACAAAAAAAUGAAAAAAAUGAAAUUUCUUGAUAACGAAAUUUUAUUUCUUCAGGUAAGAUUUCGCGAUCUUAAUAUCUUCAAAAUUAGCGAUAUACAAAACAUGUCGAUGAACAAAUUAAUGGCAAAAUGUUAUCCUGUUAGAAUCACAAAGGAGAUGCAGAAAGUUUUACAAGAAGUUUUCGGUUUGACUUAUGAACAAGUUUCGGGAUUAGACUACCAUAUUGGAAAAGGUUACAAUAUUUUUGAGGAUUCAACAACUUUGAUGUCGCCACUAGCGAUGGAAGAGUGUAAAGAUCAGUAUGGAUUACCCGCCAAUGUACAGUUGAAAGAAUGCUCCUCAUUCGAAGUCAAAUUUGAUUUAGUUGAGGAUACAAAUGAAUAUAUUAGUAAAAGAUUAAGAGAUUUACACAUACAGGUGGAUGGGGUUAUCAACUUUGAAGCCUUUAACAUAAAUUUUCGAAGUGGUUACAAUAAAGGCAGUUCAAAAAUUCAAACAAUUUCAGUUGAACAAAGAAUUCGGCAUGUUGUAAUUCAGAAACCAUUUCAGAUGAAUGAAGAAUUUAUAACUGACGUAAAAGAUCUUCCUUCAGAUUAUAACCUGAAGGAUGAAACUAAUGUGAUCAAGUGGAAGGUUUUCUUUGAAAAAUGGGGAAUGUAUGUCGUGAUCGGUGCGUACUUAGGAGGAUCUUUAACAUGCCAUGUUAAAGUAGAAAAAGAACAGUCUGUAGAAGACGUACAAAUUGCAUUGGCGGCAAAAUUUUCCUUUUUUCAGGGAUAUGCAGGCUAUGAUUUUUCCAAGGCAAACACACAAAGUACUAUUCAGAAAAGUUUAUCAUCCGUUCAUUCAACUUCUUUACAGUGGAAUGGUGGAAACAAAGAAACGUACAAGACAUCAUUAGAAAAUAUAGAUCAAAGAGAUUGGAAAGCAUGGGUAGAAUCAUUGGAGUAUUCCCCUGUUCCUCUAUGGAGUUCACUUGAUCUUUAUCCUCUGUACCAUAUCGUUGCUGAAGUUGACAAAGAUAAAAGUUUUAUCAUGCAGAGGGCUAUAAAUUUAGCUUUGAAAGGGGAAUUUACUUAUCAGCCCCCAAUAGUAGAUGAUAGAACUACCACUGCUAAAUCAAAAAAUGCUGGAUACUGUUUUCAUGAAAAUUCUGUUGUAGAACUCAGUAAUGGAAAUAUGAAACGUAUGAAAGACCUUAGUGUUGGUGAUAAGAUUAUAACAUUAAAUAGCAAAGGAAUUCUUGUUGAAGACGAAGUUAUUGUAUGGCUUCAUCGAUUAGGGACGGGUCAAUUUACUUUUCUGAAAAUAAUCCACGGCCUUGGCGAAAUCAUAUUGACCCCUGAUCAUAUUUUGUUUGUUGGAGAAAACAGAAACCCGCAACAAGCAUCCACUCUCAGUCCAGGUAAUCAACUUCGAUUUUUAACGACCGCGAAAAAUCGUAAGACGGUUAUUAUGACAACUGUAUUAUCAAUACAGACAGUGAAUGGAACGGGAGUCUACGCUCCAUUGACGUAUAAUGGCCGCCUUCUCGUUAACAAUGUUGAUGUCAGUUGUUACAGCACCUUGAACCCGCUACAAAUAAUGGGACAUGACUUAAUGUCAACACAUGCACUUGCUCAUAUGGCUUUCCUCCCGUUGAGGAUGGCUUUCACAUUUGGUUUGGAUAUCAAUAAUGAUGAAUAUGAUGACGUAACUGGGAUUCAUGGCUACGCAAGGUGGUUAAUGAAGUUAUACUGGGCUCAAUAGUUUCCCAUUAGAACUGGUAAGAUUUUGACUUGGCUAAGUAGAAUAUAAUACAGGCUUUCUGACAACAUGGUGGUCUAGGAACAGCAACCAUGACUAUUUCUAAGUUAAUUAAUGCAAAAUAUAGUGUGACACAACCUAAAUGAACAUCACAUUUUUAAACCAAAUUUGAUGAAUUGUUGCAUUUUACAGCUAUGUAUUUUAUCUCCCAUAGUUAUUUAGGAAGAUCUUAUUCCUUUUUAUAAUGGUAUUGCAUAUACUUAAACAAUCUAUGUACCGAAUGAUAAGUUGAACGUUUUAAGAAAGUGGUAACGAAACAUAUCAAAGAUACCAGGCUUAUAUUUUGGUAAGCACGACAUGCGUUCGUCUACAUGGGAAUCAUCAGUGGUGCUCGAAUAAAAACAGUGAGACAGCCAUGCAAAUACGAAGUGGAAGAGCUUUAAAAAUUGUUAAGUUAGUUGAUUAAUAAAAAAACGAUUAAAGUCACAAUUUACGAAAAAUAUUUGAUUGUUUUGGCAUUCAUCGUAUAUGAGAAUACUUACACAUAGUUAUAUUGAUGUUUUUUUUUGUUCGGAUGAAUUUUAAAAUAUGACUUUAAAAACUCUGCUUAUUCAAAAAACGUUACAAUGUGAAAACUUACAUUUACAUAUGGAUUGUUAUUUCUUAUGUCGGAAAAAUACUUUUCCAUGAUACUUUUGUACAAAAAUACAUUAAAUCGGACAGCAGCACAUCGCAUGUAUGUUUGUUCAGUUUUAAAAACCAAGUAUAUCUGCAGGGUGUUAAAAAGAUUUAAACCGGUUACAUACUUUAAAGUUCUGUAAAUUUACUGUUCAUCAUUUCUUUCAAUAUAGAUUUUCCACUUUCAACAUGGUCCAUUUAGCGUCACUGUUAUAAUGUUACAUUGUUUAUGAUCUUCUGCAACUUGUAUAUUCUAACCAUCAACUAUGAUUCAUUCUGAGGUUUUGAUAUUGAAAUAAAAACAUAAUUUCCGUU